AUGUCCUCCAACAGCAACGAGCCCUCCAAGUUUGACGGCCAGUACAACUCGGCCAUGGGAAGCGUCAAGGAGGCCGCUGGCCAAGCCUAUGACAACCUGACUGGCGCUACCACUCCGGGAAACCUCACCCAGUCCGGAAAGGAGCAGCACGCCAAGGGCGAGGCUGAGAUCAAGGCCGCCGAGGCGAAGAAUUACGCCGAGGGUCUUGGCGACCGCGUCGAGGGCAAGUUUGACUCUGUCGCCGGAGCUGUCACUGGCGACAAGUCCAAGCAGGCUAAGGGCAACCUUCAGCACGACAAGGGCCAGGCUCAGAUGAACGCCAACAAGUAA